GCGAUGUCUCCUCCGCCGGCUGCAGUAGAGAUUGGGUCUCCUCCUCCUGUUGAAAAGGUCUCUUCUUUCUUCAAUCCCACCUCUCCGUUUUUCCCGGAGAGUCUUCACCCUCACGAUCAACCAAGCAUGAACGGCUCUUCCUCUUCCUUCUUCCAUUUCGGGUUUGGAGCUGGUUCAGGAGAGAAGACGAAGAGUCGGCAAAAGCCGAGGCUUGUCAAAGUGAGGAAGAACGGUAGAAAGGUUAAAGGAACCUCCUUUUCCGUCGAAUCGUCUCCAUCCGGUUUCAAUCCAUUUGCCCCGCCGCCGCCGACAAGUAAAGGUAGUCUCCAUGUGAACAGUGUGAAUGAUAGAAAUGAUGAUAAAUCUUUUGUUUUUGGGGCUUAUGAGAAUGGUUCUGGUGCAAAAGCUACAACUCCAGUAUCUGAUGAGGAAGAGUUUAGCACACCUGUAGGUGACUUUGUCUCAAAAGAGGAUUCAGAUAAUGAUCUUCCGGGAAACAUCAGACCGUGUAAUGAUGAAACUUAUGUUAGUGGGAAGGGUGAGAGUGUGAACAAUGGUGAUGGUAAAACCAGAGAUGAUUUUGAAGUGAACCUGUUUGCUGAGAUGAAGAAGCUUAAUAUCGGUGAUACCAGUGUCCAUGCUGGAAACGGAUUUGGGGAAGCAGGUGAAGUUAAUAAUGCACCAGCUGCAUUUAUCUUUGGUAGCUCUGGGAAAGGUGAUGGUGAAUGUAAGGGUGGGGCAGCAUCAGGGUCAUGUUCAUUCAGUUCGAAUGGUUUUGGGCAAAGUGAUAAUGCAGCUGAGAGAAGAUCCGCUUUUUAUUCCGGUGGUACUACUAACGUAAACAACGUAACAAGCACUGCCUUUGGUGAUUUCAAAGUACCGUUGUGUGAUCCUUCUUUGCUUAAGAACAGUCUGUUUCCGGAAAUAGGCAGGACUCCAGUACAUGUGAGAAGUAAACGGUCAUCCAAGGAUCAGAGAUCAAAGAAAGUCAAGGGGAUAAAGAACCAGCAUGAGCUGAAUCGAUGCAAGGAUGAGGUUACUGAGGGUAUGGAGUCUCAAGAAAAGCUCAGUUCCCCUGGAUAUUCUUCACCUAUGGAUUUCUCUCCUUAUGAAGGUGAGAAAUCCAGCAAUCAGUUUGCUACAGAACCUCCUCUGACAUCACUUGAUCCUUCACAUUGCGCUACCAGUGACUUUAAGGUUGCCUCAGCCAGGGAUCCACCUGUCUUCACCGCAGAGGAUAGUGGAAGUAUUCGGACGCCGGGCUUUUCUUUCUCAGCGUCAACCUCUCAGGGAGAAAUAUCAAAUAAAAAGAUUCAUAGUGUAAGGAAAUAUAGGAGGAAGGUUAAUAAUGUUUUUCCGAAAAACAAUGUUCAAGCUGUGAAUACAGGUCAAGUAGGCUCUACAUCUGUGAUGCCUAGUGAAUGUGAGGUUUGGCGACUAAGGGGAAAUCAAGCCUACAAAAAUGGUGAUAUGUGUAAAGCCGAGGAAUAUUACACGCAUGGUAUUAAUUCCUCGUCGUCAAGUGAUAGCUCGGAAUACUCCGUAAAGCCUAUUGCGCUUUGCUAUGGCAACCGCGCAGCAGCAAGGAUUUCUCUUGGAAGAUUGAGGGAGGCUAUAAGUGACUGUGACAUGGCUGCUUCACUUGAUCCAAGCUACAUUAAAGCAUAUAUGAGAGCUGCAAAUUGUCAUCUUGUGCUGGGGGAACUUGGAUCAGCAGUGCAGUACUUUAAUAAAUGCAUGGAAUCUGCCUCUAGUGUCUGCUUGGAUCGACGAACUACUAUAGAAUCAGCUGAAGGUUUACAACAAGCUCAAAGGGUAGCUGACCUUAUGAACAGUGCAUCCAUGUUUUUGGAGAAGAGAACACCUGAUGGCGCAUCUGAAGCAUUGGUUCCAAUUGCCAAUGCCUUGUCAGUCAGUUCAUGCUCAGAGAAACUUCUUCAGAUGAAGGCAGAGGCCAUGUUAAUGAACCGGCGUUACAAAGAGGUGAUCGAGCUCUGUGAGAAUACCCUUCAGACGGCCGAGAGGAAUUACGUUUCAGCAGGACCUGAUGGCAUGGAAAAUGUGGAUGGUGUAGGGUCUAAGCAUCACUCACUGAUAGUUUGGAGAUGGAACAUGAUUUCGAAGUCACACUUCUACUUGGGAAACCUUGAGAUGGCCCUUGAUACAUUAGAAAAGCUGCAGCAAGCGGGAUCUAGCCGCAACGAGAAUCAGGAAGAAUGCCGUGACUCACCAGCUUCUUUAGUCGCCACUAUAACCGAACUUUUACGUUACAAGAACGCUGGUAAUGAAGCUGUUCGUGCAGGAAAGUAUGCAGAAGCAGUAGGGCAGUAUACUGCUGCACUAUCAAGAAACGUUGACUCACGCCCUUUUGCAGCAAUUUGUUUUUGCAAUCGUGCGGCUGCUAAUCAGGCCUUAGUCCAGAUUCCUGAUGCAAUUGCCGACUGUAGUCUUGCCAUGGCUCUUGAUGAAAACUACACAAAGGCAGUUUCCAGGAGAGCCACACUACAUGAAAUGAUUAGAGAUUACGAUCAGGCAGCUAGUGAUCUCCAGAGACUUAUCAGCAUUCUCGUAAAGCAAAAUGGUGAGAAGACAAAAACGUCAGAGACAUCUGCUGAUCGUUCAGCCACCAGGAAAGAAUUAAAGCAGGCUCGUCAACGGUUGUCUGUGAUGGAAGAAAAAUCUAAAGAGGGCAUUGCUCUUGAUUUCUUCCUCAUCAUGGGAGUGAAGGCAUCUGACUCUGCUGCUGAUAUCAAAAAGGCCUACAGGAAAGCAGCUCUUAGGCAUCACCCAGACAAGGCUGCAAAGAUUCUUGUCAGAAGCGAAAGCGAAGGACCGUGGCUAAAGGAGAUAUUAGAUGAGGUUCACAAGGGUGCAGAUAGGCUGUUCAAAACGAUUGGAGAGGCAUAUUCUGUUCUUUCUGACCCAACUAAGAGGUCGGACUAUGAACUUGAGGAAGAAAUUAGGAAAGCAAAGGCAUCUAGAGAAAGCUACAGAAGCAGAAAGGCUGCAGAAGCAAGCACCACCUCGCCAUAUCAGACAAGUCCAGGCAGGCGAUACUGGAGGCACAGCGAGAGGACAUAUAGAAACACGCCUUCUUGGUGGUAGAAUGCUAAUUUUUUUUGGUGGCACAAGCUAUAAUGAUCUAUUGGAUUCCCCCCAGGUGAGAUAUCCCAGAGUUGAUGAAGUGUAAAAGGUCUGCUACAAAUCAAUACAGCAACUGAUUACCAGCUUUGUGUGCUGGAGUGAGAGAAUUGUUUGUUCCCAAUUUUGAAAAGGGAAAGUGAUGUAAGACAUGUAACUGAACAAAUGUUUGUUUGCUUUUUACGGUUUGUACCUUUUGUAACAUCCAAAAGUAUCAAUGAAAUGAAAAACUUGAUUUCGUGUGUGUCUGAG